GCAGCUCGGACCCGGGUACCCGCGGGACGCGCUCCCGGCUCCUCCCGUUUCCCGGCUCAGGCCGCUGCAGCCAGCACCGCCCGCAGCACCCAGGCUGCACCAUGGGGAAUCUACCAUCUGCUGCGAAGCACUGCCUCAGCUACCAGCAGCUUCUCCGCGAGCAUCUCUGGAGCGGAGACUCAGCGGCAGGGGCGCUGGAUCCGGCGCAGGAAGUAUCCCACUUAUCUGGACUCCCUGAAUAUGUGAAAAUAGUAGAAGUUGGACCUAGGGAUGGAUUGCAGAAUGAAAAGAUUAUAGUUCCUACAGAUAUAAAAAUUGAAUUCAUCAAUCAACUUUCCCAAACUGGCUUAUCUGUUAUAGAAGUAACCAGCUUUGUGUCUUCCAGAUGGGUACCACAGAUGGCUGAUCACACUGAAGUGAUGAGAGGCAUUUAUCAGCAUCCAGGAGUUCGCUAUCCUGUCCUCAUCCCUAAUCUUCAGGGUUUUCACCAUGCCGUCGCUGCUGGAGCCACCGAGAUAGCGGUUUUUGGUGCUGCCUCUGAAUCUUUCAGCAAGAAGAAUAUUAACUGCUCCAUCGAAGAAAGUAUGGGAAGAUUUGAGGAGGUCAUCAGCUCCGCGAGGCACAUGGGCAUCCCAGUGAGAGGGUAUGUGUCCUGUGCCUUGGGCUGUCCAUAUGAAGGAAGCAUCACACCACAAAAAGUCACAGAAGUUUCAAAGAGAUUGUAUGGCAUGGGCUGCUAUGAGAUCUCUUUGGGGGACACAACUGGAGUGGGCACUCCGGGCAGCAUGAAGCUGAUGUUGGAAAGUGUCAUGAAAGAAAUCCCUCCAGGGGCCCUUGCUGUUCACUGCCAUGACACAUACGGACAAGCCCUCGCAAAUAUCCUAACAGCUCUUCAGAUGGGAAUUAAUGUGGUGGACUCCGCUGUAUCUGGAUUAGGUGGCUGCCCUUAUGCAAAAGGUGCUUCUGGGAAUGUAGCCACUGAAGAUUUGAUAUAUAUGCUCACUGGCAUGGGGCUCACUACAGGUGUGAAUCUCUACAAAGUGAUGGAAGCUGGUGACUUUAUCUGCAAGGCACUGGGUAAAACCACAAACUCUAAAGUUGCGCAAGCCUCCUUCAAAGCUCGACUUGAAUGAAAUUGUGAUCUAAGAGUGGGAAGAGCCACUCCAGUCCCAAUUAAUCACAGAAUCGCCAAUGCCAACUCAUUCUGCAGCGGAAGUUAAUUAAAAUAAAAGAGCUGGAAAAGAAGACAUGCUAGACAAGACUAUCACUGGGUAGACCAGGAAGUAAUGAAGGACCAUAUCAGACAUCUGUUGAACUGCAUGCUGGGACUUAACACUGGUGGACAUCCUGCUGGAUGUGGACAAAGCCUGCUCAUUUGGUCUGAUAGAAAUCAUCUGAUUUUUAGCUCAGUAGACUUGAAAACUGACUUCAGAUCUCGCUAAGUCUUAAGUACUGUGUUAAUACUUCAUCAACCUAGCUUGCCACAGGGUACAUAUUGUUAGGAGUUUACGAGCUUCGACACAAUGCAGAGUGUGUGGCCCUGAUGUGUUUUCUGCCUCUGGAUCCCAACUUUCCAUUUGCCAAGUUUGUUAAGUUAUGGACCAAGAGCCAAAGUUUCAUCUGACCCUACAUAAUUUUUAGCAAUAGAACUUUUAUAUUUCAAGUAUGGCUAACAUCUGUUAACUAUUUCAACGACUUUACUGUGCUCCAAGAUGCUGUGGUCAAUGGCAAGACGCCACAUCCUGAAAACACAUCAUACCUCCCAUGUUUGUUCCCUGCACCCGGUUUACUGUGUUUUACAUUUAAUCAGUUGUAGAAAAAAAACCCCACAGUGUUAUUUAAAUAUAGAGAAACUAUAAGGUAUGGUUUUCGUCCUGCUGUCUAAGAGACAGUAAUGAUAGUAGGCUGAUAUAGAUACCAUCGCCUAUUUCCAUAUUAUCU